AGCAUCUGGCAGCAGCUCCAUAGCCACCCGCUAGUCUUCUUCAGACCGUGCACUCUACUCUUAGACACACUGAGAAUAUUGACAGGGAUGGAACUGCCCAAUAUGGAAUACAUGAUGAGGCGCCGCUGUGACAGUGCAGGGCCGGGAGGACUGUGCUGUGUUGCAUGACUCUGUCUGUCUGUGCUUUGCCGAAUGCCUACAUGACCACAAACCAGGAGAAGAAUGAGCUCACGCAGACUCCGCUGCUCAAGAUCUGGGUGCCAUGGUUGGGGAUGGGAGGCUGCAAGCUAAAUCGCAGGAGAGGCUGGCUUUUUUGUCUUUCUAUGAUGAAAUCGCAUGCUGAACAAGAUGCUGGUACUGUACUGUCCUCAGGAUGGUGUUGUCACCCAUGCGACUGACUGCAUGGGAUACUCUGUGGUUCUCAGGGUAUAGUGAGCCUCCGUGCCCCAGUUUACCAACUCCCCCACUCUGAUUGUGAUGGUUGGACUGCCUGCCAGGGGGAAGACAUACAUAUCCAAGAAGCUCACCCGCUACCUCAACUGGAUAGGGGUUCCCACAAAAGUCUUCAACUUGGGCCAGUAUCGCAGGGAAGUCCAGAGCUACAAGAGCUUUGAGUUCUUCAGACCGGACAAUGAGGAGGCCAUGCAGAUUCGCAAGGCCUGUGCUUCAAAUGCCCUUAAAGAUGUAGUUGUCUACUUCUCGAAGGAACAUGGACAAGUAGCUGUGUUUGAUGCCACCAACACAACACUGGAGAGGAGGGUCUCCAUUGUGAGCUUUGCCAAGGAAAAAGGCUAUAAGGUAUUUUUUGUGGAGUCCAUUUGUGAUGAUCCAGACAUCAUUGCACAGAAUAUCGCGGAUGUGAAGGUGAGCAGCCCAGACUAUCUGAACUGUGACAAGGAGGAGGCACUGGCAGACUUCCUGAAACGUAUCGAGUGCUACAAGCAAACCUACGUGCCAUUGGACGAUGAGAAAGACAGGCGCCUGUCUUACAUCAAAAUCUUCAACGUGGGCUCUAGGUACCUGGUGAACUGUGUGCGGGACCAUAUCCAGAGCCGGAUAGUCUACUACCUCAUGAACAUCCAUGUCACGCCGCGCUCCAUCUACCUGAGCCGCCACGGGGAGAGCAAUAUGAACCUGCUGGGUCGCAUUGGGGGAGACUCCGGACUCUCUCCCAGGGGUCAUAAGUAUGCCACUGCCCUGGGAACCUUCAUCAAGAGCCAGCAUAUAAAGGACCUAAAGGUGUGGACCAGUCAUAUGAAGAGGACCAUCCAGACUGCAGAGCAUCUGGGGAUCCCCUAUGAGCAGUGGAAGGCUCUCAACGAGAUUGAUGCAGGUGUGUGUGAGGAGAUGACGUAUGAGGAGAUCCAGGACAACCACCCAGAGGAGUUUGCACUGCGAGACCAGGACAAGUACCGCUACCGUUACCCCAAGGGUGAGUCAUAUGAAGACCUGGUCCACCGUCUGGAGCCAGUGAUUAUGGAGCUGGAGAGACAGGAGAAUGUGCUGGUUGUGUGUCACCAAGCUGUCAUGCGUUGUCUGCUGGCCUACUUACUAGACAAAACCUCAGAUGAGUUGCCAUACCUAAAAUGUCCUCUUCAUACGGCGCUCAAACUUACACCGGUGGCCUAUGGAUGUAAAGUGGAGCAUGUUUUCCUAAAUAUUGAGGCAGUCAACACGCACAGAGAGAGACCUGGGAAUGUGGACGUAUCUAGAGACCCAGAAGAGGCCUUGAAGACUAUUCCUGACCACUUUUGAAUAUGAUUUAGAGGAGAUGGACUCUCGGACCAUAAUGAUGCUUUGAACUUUAUUUUCAAUCAGUUAUGACUGCGUACCUUUUCAGAUUAAACCUUGUCAAAGGCAGCAAGGGGCAAAGGGGGGGGGGGGACAAGGGAGCAGACUGGAUGAAUACAAGAUGAAAUAUGACAAACCCCACUGCAUAUGGAAACACUGAGGGGGAAAAUUGACUGAUUUCUUCCUCCUCCGUGGCAACUUAGGCUAAAGCCAAGUACUGAAUGAGCAUGUGUUGUUUAUUGACCUAUAAUGUACAAGCAAUAUGCCUCGGUCUGCUCACUCUGACCCUGGUGUCUCAUACCAGACAUUUAGUGAGGCGCAGUCAGACAGGUGGUGUCAGAAGUAGUUUGGCAUAUAGUGUGAAAGUGGCCCAACAUGUUGUCAAUCAAACAUUUUCCCAGGCAAUUCUUACAUUAGGCUGCAGGAUAAAUGGUCAUACUUAAGUGAAAGUAAAGCUCAAAAGGUCAUCCAUUCUAUUGAAGUGUUAUAGGUCUAAUGCAGCUGUUUUUAUUUGUUUUAUGUACCUUACUGUGAUUGUUUAAAAACCAUUUUUUAAAGAAACAAAAAUAGAUUCUUAGCUAAGACCGGUUUCUCAAGCAAGAAUGAUGAUAGGACUGUCUGAGUAGUCUGACUGGGGAAGGGAAAACUGAAAACUAGCUGUUAUUUAGCAGAGAGGUUUGGAACUGGCUUUGUUAUUGGUCUGUUAACUAAUUUGCCACCUGGAGACGUCACCAGGCAGGACAAACUCCAUCCCACCAAAACAGGCUGAAAUAUCAGGCAAUCUUUUCAAACAGUUCUUAUACUAAAAGGGAUUAUCAUCUAGCAGAUGAUUUACAAUUUACAGGAGCAAUUCGGUUUAAGUGCCUUGCUCAAGGGCACAUCGACAGAUCUUUUACCUAGUCACCUCCAGGAAUUUGAACCAGCGACCUUUCAGUUACUGGUCCAACGCUCUUAACCGCUAGACUACCUGCCGCCUCAUUUCCACAAUUUCACAGUAUUAUUCCAACCUCAUAAUGUGGAAAUAUAUAAAACACAGGGAAAUCACAUUUGACUGUACUGGGCCUUUAAAUGAAUAAAGAAAUAUUAUAUUUGGA